UGGACAAAAUAGCCCGAAUAAUCUGAGACAUUUGUUAGUGUUUAAGAACGUACACUCUCUAGGCACAGAUGAUGGCAAAAAAUUCCCUGGAAGGGUCUAAGGAAGACCUGAGCAAAAUUUCAGAAGAGGAGAUGCUGAGGUGGAGCAAGGAAGAGCUGGUGAAAAGACUGAGGAAAGUGGAGAAUGAAAAGAUGAACUUAAUGGUGGAACAUGGCAACUUAAUGAAAGAUGUGAACCGGCGGCUGCAGCUCCACCUGCACGAGAUCCGUGGGCUGAAGGAGGUGAACCAGAAGUUGCAGGACGAUAACCAGGAGCUGCGGGAGCUCUGCUGCUUCCUGGAUGAUGACAGGCAGAAAGGCAAGAAGCUGUCGAGGGAAUGGCAGCGGUUUGGGAGGCACACGGCCAGCGUGAUGUGGAAGGAGGUGGGCAUGUACCAGCAGAAGCUGAAGGACCUGGAGGCGAGGCAGGAGACCCUGCUGAGGGAGAACGUGGAGCUGAAGGAGAUGGUGCUCAUGCUGGAUGAGGAGCGGAGCGGGGCCGGCUCUCGGAGCUCCAUCGACAGCCAGGCCAGCCUCACCAACCUCAACGGUGGGUCGGGCACCAGGGACGUGGGGGACGGCAGCAGCACCUCCAGCACGGGCAGUGCGGGAAGCCCUGACCACCAUCACCACCACCUCCACCACCACAAGCCUGGAGACAGCAAGGCUGGGGCCAUGCGGAGGUCUAUGGAUGACCUGUCCGCACCUCUUCAUCACCGGAGCAUCCCUAAUGGUCUCAAUGAUUCAUCUUCCAACUACAUCAGGCAACUUGAAACAAAAGUGAAACUGCUGGAGGAUGACAACAAGCUUCUCUCUCAGUUUAAACCUCGAGACGAAUUCAUUGGAAAUAUUGAUAAACAGAUGGGCUCUGCGGCGCAGGGCGGCUGGUUGCUAGGAGACACGCAGGGAUUCGGGAGGCGCUCCCUGCUCCAUAUGCCCUUGGCCUCGCUUCGCCCUGCCGCUCGCGAGGCUGCGGAGCCCCGGGUGCUUUGCUCGCUUGGGCCUUCCCCUAGUGAGCUCAAAGGACCCAUCCGUGAUCCGGAG